AUGUGUUCACUAACAGAAAAGGACAGACCAGUUGUUCAGCUGUUACUGAACACUGGCACUUGCCCACGAUGUAUUUUGAGGUUCUGCUGUGUGGGAUCACAGACACUUUAUAGACGUCCAUACAAGGAUUUGAUGAAGGAUUUAAAAGAAUUUCUGAAAAAUAAUCAAGAAAAAGAAGUUACAGUUUGUUUUGACGUAGUUGAUCCGCCUUGUAAGAGAAUGAGACUUGAACACGCAGAAGAAGGGCCUGAUGAUGUGAACCACAAUGGAGCACUCCAGCAGAUUCCUUCAGUUAAUGAUGAAAAUACCGCAAUGGAAAACUCGGCUGUGAAGGUUUGCAAUGUGUGUUUGGGAAUUCUUCAGGAGUUCUGUGAGGCUGACUUUGUUAAAAAGGUGUGCCAAAAGGUUAAUAUUGCUGACUACCAGUUCACCAGUUUUGUAUUUUCUGUGUCACUACCCCCACAGCUUUCUGUUAGGGAGUGUGCUGCUUGGCUGCUGGUAAACCAGGAAAUAGGAAAACUGGGCCUUUCCUUGGCAAAGGAUGACGUUGUUCAGCUGAAAGAAGCUUAUAAGUGGAUUAUUCAUCCCCAGUUGUCAGAAGAGUUGGGUGUUCUUUUUCCUGCUGAUGGAAAGAGUUUGUUUGAAGUUAGCGUGGUCUUUGCUCACCCAGAAACAGACGAGGAGUGCCAUUUCCUAGCCUCAGCCUGUCCAGACUGUUUCAAACCAGCAAAGAACAAACAGUCUGUUUUCACUAGAAUGGCGGUUAUAAAAGCUCUGGAGAAGAUAAAAGAAGAGGAUUUUCUCAAGCAUUUUCCAUGUCCCCCAAGUUCACCAAAGAACCUCUGCAUUGCUCUGGAAAUUCAGUGCAAUAAUGGUGCAGUUUUUGUGGCUGGAAGAUACAAUAAAUAUUCAAGGAAUUUACCUCAGACUCCCUGGAUUAUUGAUGGGGAGCGGAAGCUGGAAUCUUCAGUAGAAGAACUGAUUUCGGAGCAUCUAAUGGUAGAAUUCAAAGCAGAUAGCUUUAAUUUUUCUUCCUCUGGAAGAGAAGAUGUGGAUGUAAGAACACUAGGCAAUGGAAGGCCCUUUGCAAUUGAGCUUGUGAAUCCUCGUAGAAUACAUUUUACUGCUGAGGAAAUGAAGGGACUUCAGCAGACAAUUAAUAACUCUUCAGACAAAAUACAGGUUCGAGAUUUACAGCUUGUCACCAGAGAGGCAAUUGGUCGUAUGAAGGAAGGUGAAGAGGAAAAGACAAAGACUUAUAGUGCCUUAAUAUGGACAGACAAAGCAAUACAGAAAGAAGAUAUUGCGUUUCUAGAUGAUAUCAAGGAAUUAAAACUUGACCAGAAGACACCUCUCCGGGUUCUUCACAGAAGACCUCUAGCUGUAAGGUGCCGGAUCAUUCACACCAUGAAAUCUGAGUACAUAGACGAGCAUCAUUUUCGCCUGCAUCUGAAGACUCAAGCAGGAACCUACAUUAAAGAAUUUGUGCAUGGAGACUUUGGAAGAACAAAGCCCAAUAUUGGCUCCCUACUGAACAGAACGGCUGACAUUCUGGAGUUGGAUGUAGAAUCUGUUGAUGUUGACUGGCCUCCAACCCUGGAUAAUUAA